AUGACCGUGGGCGAGGUUGGUGUCGGUGGUGAGGAUGAUUUCAAAGUUUACACCAGCGCCAAGGAGGAAGAGCUUAACAUGGUGUUCAACUUCAAACAUAUCUCUGUUGGCGAAAGCCCCGAAUUAAAGUAUGAACUUAUUCCAUUCACCUCGAAAGACUUCAAGCUGGCUCUUGCUGAGAGCUUCUUAUUUAUUGAAGGGACUGACUGCUAG